UUAUUUUGACACAAAAGAUACGAUACUUUAUUAUAUAAUUUUAACAUUAAAUGGGAUCACUAUAAAAUAAAGAAGACUAUUAUAAAAAGUAGACGUAUUAGAUUGAACCGAAAGUCAAUAUUGAUACAGUUUCAAUAACAAAGUGGAAUUUUGUCCACAUUCCAACUUUAUAUUCUCACCAUAAAAUUGCCAAAAUGAAUCGCCAUCAUAAAUUAUUACAAACCGAAGAAAUAUAUACAGAACUUAUAGAUUUAAUAAAAUCUGCUGUCAAAGGAAUACAAGAGCAAGUUACUCCUAUUAAACAAUUUCUUGGUGAUCGCAGAAAAGAAAUCAUAAAACUUAGCAGAACGGAAAAAUGGAUGGACAAUUCUCUAGAAUUUGCACAACUGUUCUAUGACAAUACUUUCAAGGAACUCAUAAGUAUUGAACGAAUAUGCGAGGAAUGUCUCGUGCGUCUGAACACUAAUUUAUUAACAGCAACAAAAGGUCGUGCGCAACCACCGUCUUAUUUAUCUCCGAAAGAGAUGAGGAAAGUUUAUAAAAUGUGUCGUGAUGCAUUCAACGAAACGAAGGAGAACGAAUUAUCCUGUCUCUGCACUUGGGAGAAUAAACUUACAUGGGAUCUCGAUGAUAUUCAAGAUAUCCUAAUUAAACCAAAAGAAAUGGCACUAACCGAAUUCGACGAAUAUGACUUGAAGUUUAUUCAAGAAAUCGUUUAUCUUCGAACGCGUAUGUUCUCCUUACCAAAGAAACGAAUCGACGUGAAAAGCGGUCACGAUAUUCUUCGCGACACUAUCAAUGGCAAACAUCGGGCAAGUAUUCGAUUAUCGUUGAAGACUACAGACUUUCUUCAACUUCUUAAGCAGAGAGAGAUUCAGCAGGGCUUCUCUUACGAAGAUGAAUUAUCAAAGUUGAAGAGUUUAACAUUCGUCGAUGGAAAGUUCAAGACUAACGACACUUGGUUAAAGAUUUUAGACGUUCAAGGAGUUCUGUACGGAUCGUUGUGGCAUCUAGCGCUUUGCCCGCAAAUUGAGAAAAUCCUAACGAAACGUUUGGUACCGACAUUACGUUUAAAUCCACGUGCCACUUUUGAUUUUUUUUCGAAGAUUACGAACUUUGCAAGUUUCGAACUAUCGAGAACGGAUUUAAUAACUCUGUUGAAACAUGAGAAAGAUGCUAUUUGGUUGAAGAGCUGGAAAAAUCAGUUCAUGGCGAUAGACGGGAAGCACAUUGCUGCGACAUUGAUACAAGCUUUUUGGCGUGGUUGUUGGUUACGCAGAAAGAAAUGGCUCUCAGAGUGUCUUUACGUAGCCGCGAGUCUCAUGUGGUUCUUUUGGAUCUCGUUAAAAGCAAAAAAAGAAAUGCACCGUCGUUACCUCAGGAAAAUGCUGGUCUCCUUGCAAACUACUCGAGACCUUACUCUAAAAUUAAGCAACGAAUUCGACUCUAUAACCAAACAGCCUCAUGUAGUCUUACAUCUACCAUCCAUCGGACAUCCUAGACACUUACGUCAAGUAUUCAAUCCCAAGAUGUUCACCAUUUACCAGAACAUUACGAUCCUACGAAUUUGUUUCGUACGCAAUCCAAACGCUGAAGUGAUCUAUAUCCUCCCCGUGAAGCCUACUGAAGAUCUAUUAACGAUGUACAGCGACUUCAUCGAGUCGAUAUCACCCGACGAAGACGUUGCGAAACGAAUUACUUUCAUCGCUCUCUCACAAGCAGACUGUUUUAAGAAUCUCUCUUUAAACGUCUCCAGGAUCCUCCACUGUUCUCAAGAAUCUCUAAACGAGAUUGAGAAGAAAAUCGCUGGCAAAUUGGCUUAUUUCUUGCCUUACAUUGUCGACGAGUGCGACAUGAGAUUGGCAGGUACUUUCAAUGUUCCUCUACUGAGUCCCGAUAUGGAAAUGCAACGAAAAUUUCUAAACGCUUCUAACAUGUCUGAAAUGAUCGACAGCUUUGGCCUUUCGCAGCUACCGUAUAAAAGUAACAUAACGGACUAUGAAACACUGUGUUCGUCGUUGUCCGAGUUAAUGGUGCUUCAUACUGAAAUUAGUAUGUGGUUGAUCAAGUUGAAUUACGGUACGGCCAGUAAACAGAGUGCAAUUUUUCUAAUUAAUCAUAUUAGCGUGCCAUUUAUGCCGAUGUUGAGACGGGAACGAGAGAAACACGGCGAUUAUUGGAUGGAGCAGCCAAGUUUGAGGGCUGAAUUUCUUCAGAAAAUGAGGGAACACGUACCGAAAAUUAUACCAAAUGUGAUUCGGUUGUCGAAGAUGUAUGGUACUUGGACGAUGUUCUACGCUCAUAUACAGAAAUUUGGGUGUUUGCUGCAGGCUGUUCCGCCGGAAAAGAAUCCUAAGACGAUUAUGGUUUCUUUGUUUGUUCCUGGGAAAGCGACUAAAAAGAAACCGAAGUGGUUGGGGACUGCGGAUAAGAUAAAUUUAGGAGCAGGUAACGAAGGGAUGCUAAUUAAAUCUUCCAAUUUAAUACCGGAAUUUCUCAUUUUUAUGCGCUGCUCUAUUAAAAAUCUAUUUGUAAUUUGUAAAUUACGUAUCUCAAUGACAGAAGCCACACAUUCGACGACUAUUUACAUGUUACCUCAAACUUCUUUGGAUAUCGACAAGAUAAAACCGACGGUGAAUAAGUUCGCUAGAGGUAUGCAAGAUAAGGGAUAUUUUGGUUACUUAGCCAUCGAUUGCUAUUGUUAUUUGCGUAAGCAAGAGGAGAUUCUGGUGGUAUCAUUAUUGAACGUAUUCCCUUAUUACUCGUACUGCCAAAAUUACAUCGAUUGGAUGGAAUUCGCGAUCGGAGGACGCUAUAAUGACAAGGAUGAUGAAUUUACGAUCGAUACUUCAGUAGUCCCAGAUGUGGAAAGAAAGAAAUCACCUAUCUUAUAUAUGGAAAAGCCAUCUCAGUGGAGUAACACUGUAGAAAGAUACGCGAUCGCAAUUACUCAAUUGCAUCAUAGUAAAUUUCCAGCUUAUCGAUGGCCAGCCCUUAAAAAUCUAUUCGAAGAAUGUGACAUUGCAUAUGAUAGAAAAAGACGUCAAGGAUCUAGUAUAAUACUACACGAUGGUGAAAUUCGAAAUUUCGGCAAGAUGGUUGCUGUUAGUGCUUCUAUGACCGCUACGUUAACAAUGGUACAUAAAAAUCUGACGAAAUUGCAUCGAAUUCUGAACAGAUCGAAGACGAAGUCAGAAACGAAUUUACCAACCCUCAUUGAUUUCUUUUUAAAACUCUCUCUUGACUAUAGGAAUUUGGCUACUGACAAGUGUUUGUCACAUUCUUAAAU